UAAAACCCAUUUUUCAAUGUUUAGCUAACUCUUUUGGAAGCUUAAGAAAGGAAUGGGGUUCAGAGCUCGGACGUUUUAGAGAGAGAAAGGGUUGAUGCCUUUGCCGCGGGACAGACAGAGAAGAACCUGCGGUCCUCACUAGAGGAGAGAGAGUGUAAGGUGUAGCCCUAAGCAGAGAGAGAGAGAGAGAGGGAGAGACAGAGGAAUGGUGAGCAAGAAUCAGAGAUCAGCUCGUAAACGCUUCAGGGAAGCUCACCCGGAGCUUCCCCAAAAACCCACUGUUCCGACAGAACCCAAAACCAGUAAGAAGAAGAAGCAGAUUCAGAAGAAGAAGAAGGAGAAAGUUCAGUCUGAUAAAGGAGCAGAUAAUGGGUUGGGAAAGCCAAGAAAAUCGAAGGUUUUGCGCAAACACCCACUUAGAGUUCCUGGUAUGAAACCAGGAGAAAGCUGCUUCAUCUGCAAAUCCCAAGAUCACAUAGCCAAGUUUUGCCCAUCGAAGGCUCAAUGGGAAAGGAAAAAGAUAUGUUUGCUUUGCCGACAACGCGGACAUAGCCUUAAACAUUGUCCAAACAAUAGUGGAAUUCAUGAAAAUAAAUUUUGUUACAACUGUGGAGAAGUUGGGCAUUCACUUUCGAAGUGCCCUAAACCUCUUCAAGAUGGGGGCACUAAAUUUGCAGAGUGCUUCCUAUGUAAUGGUCAUGGGCACCUGAGCAAGAAUUGCCCUAAAAACACACAUGGAAUUUAUCCAAAGGGUGGUUCCUGUAAAUUAUGUGGAGGCGUCACACAUUUGGCUAAAGAUUGUCUGAGUAAGCACGAUAAGAAGCCAGUAGAAGUUGCAGAGACAGAGUACCCCAAUGCGAGCCAGCAAGGAAAAAGGAAAGCAUUUGCAAGUGGGGAUGAUCUUGAUGAUGAGUUUGCUUUAGAAGAAGAGAAGACCAAACAGAAAAAUAGUGAUAAAAGUUCGGUUGUUGAUACUGGUCCUUUGGGAAUAAAAGUCGAAAAGAGCUCGAAUGUGAAGCCUAAGAAAGAUAGAUCAAAAAUUGUAAAUUUUACUGGUUGAUAUUGACAUUUACAUAAAGGUUUUAUGUGAACGAAUACUUUUGGUAGUUUUUGUUUCUUUUGAAAUUUAAGUUAGCAAUCUCAUAUGCUCAUUUAGAUUUUAUAAAGAAAAUGUAUAUAAUGAGAUCAUUUAUUGUUGAUACAGGGAUGGCACAAUCAUCAUUGACCGUUGGAUUUGAAA